AUGGGGAAGAAGCGAACCCAUGCCGAGACCAAAGAUGGCUUUACGAAGCCCUCUCCGGAUAAGAACCGGGUGAGCGCAAAAGGCGACAAGAAGGAUAAGCGCAAGCCUGUCGAAGAGAAAAAGGGGCGAUCGCAGCUGCUUCUCAAACCACAGCCAGAAUGGCACGCAAUAGAGCUGCCAGCGCUUCCGACCAUCGAAACCCCUACAAUUCCGCCCCGUCAUGUCAUCGACGCCAUUCAUGAAUAUGCCAUCCAGCUUCUACAGGCUGAGGCGACCGAGUACGCGUCGUCACACCUGGCCAAGGAUGCAUCGCACAAGUUCAUGUCCACCGUCAUGGACUCUGGUACCAUGGAGGACAAGGUCUCAGCCUUGACACUGUUGGUCCAGGAGUCGCCGCUUCACACACAAAAGGCAUUUGGACAGCUGAUGGGUUUAUCACAGAAGAAGAGCAGGAAUGCUGCCAUGCAGGCUUUGGCUGCGUUGAAGGAUUUGCUGGGCCAGGGCGUCCUGCUACCACCCGACCGAAAACUGAAGGCUUUUGCGCGACAGCCGGGGCUAAUUGCGGCGCUUCAGGGAAAGAAUGUGCACUGGAAGGCUGGCGAAAAACUACCUGGAAAUUUGCAGAAGACUCACCUGGUUGUAUGGGCAUACGAGGACUGGCUGAAAAAGCAGUACUUUGAACUACUGAAGAUUCUUGAGACCUGGUCCAACGAUGAGGUCGAAUACUCGCGCAAUCGUGCUGUCACGUACGUCUGGGAGUUGCUAAAGGAAAAGCCGGAACAGGAAGAGAACUUGCUACGCUUACUCAUCAACAAACUUGGAGACAAGGAGAAAAAGGUCGCGUCGCGCGCAUCGUAUCUGCUGCUUCAGCUCCAAAUCACUCAUCCCCUGAUGAAGAACGUCAUCAUCAGCUCUAUCGAAUCCGAUCUCUUGUUCCGCCCCAACCAGAGCGGGGUGGCCAAGUACUACGCCGUGAUUACUCUCAACCAGACCGUGCUUAGCUUGAAGGAGCCGGAGGUUGCCAACAAGCUGUUGGAAAUAUACUUCAGUUUGUUUCUCGGUCUGCUGAAGAAGCAAAAGGAACACGAGAAGGAAGAGAAGCGGUUGAACAAGCAUGGACUUAUUCAGGGAGGCGGCGGCCAACCAGGAAAGAUGGCGAAGCAGAAGGCAGAGAAGGCAGCUACCAUGGCCUUCAAGGUUGAGGACGAGUCGAGAGAAAAGCUGAUUUCAGCCAUCUUGACAGGCGUCAACCGCGCGUUCCCGUUCGCCAAGACUGACGACGACAAGUUCGAGGAGCAGCUGAACAUGAUCUUCCAAGUGACGCAUUCUUCCAACUUCAACACCAGUAUCCAGGCUAUGACACUCAUUCAACAGAUUUCGGCGACAAAACACUACUCCGCGGAUCGUUUCUACCGAACUCUAUACGAAUCUCUUUUGGAUCCUCGGCUUAUGACCACUUCGAAGCAUAUCAUGUUCUUGAACUUGUUGUACAGAUCGCUUAAGGCAGACACCAGCAUCAAGCGCGUAAAAGCUUUCGUCAAGCGACUACUCCAGAUCAUUCAUAUGCACGAGCCUCCUUUCAUUUGCGGUGUCUUGUACCUCGUCAACGAGCUGAUUGUCACCUUCCCGACCAUCAAAACUAUGCUUUCGGCACCAGAAGACCAUGCUGAUGACAGCGGCGAUGAGCACUACGAUGAUGUCGAUGAUGAGAAAGAGCCAACCGCUAAGAAGGAGGACAAGAAGAAGUCUCAACCCGAGGGCUACAAUGCUCGGAAACGAGACCCAGAACACGCGCAAGCUGAUUUAUCUUGUUUGUGGGAGCUACUGCCGUUGCAGGCACACUACCACCCCUCAGUUCACGUUCUAGCAUCCAAGAUUGUUAACCAGGAGCCCAUCAAGGAGAAGCCUGACCCGACUAUCUACACUCUCAUGAACUUCCUCGACAAGUUCUCUUUCCGCAAUGCAAAAACCAAGUCUCAGGGCGUGCAUGGAUCUUCCAUUAUGCAACCUAUGGCUGGUACAUCCAAGGCCGCUUCGUAUCUCAUCACUGCCCGUGACGGCGAUCGCACUCACGAUCCGCUCAAUUCAGAGCAAUUCUGGCGUCGCAAGGUCGACGAUGUGCGUGUGGAUGAAGUUUUCUUCCAUACAUACUUUGAGAAAGCAGGUAAAGCCAAGCAGGCGGACAAGAAGACGAAGAAGAAGGAUCGUAAGAGGGAUGACAGUGAAGAGGGAAGCAGCGACGACGACGAAAUUUGGCAAGCACUUGUUAAGAGUCGACCAGAGGUUGAAGGCGACGGAGGUGACGAUGACGAUCUCAGUGACUUUGACAUGGACGACAUGAUGAGUGACGAGGAAGCAGGCGGUAUGGACGGUGGUGUCGAACUCAACCUUGGCAGUGAUGACGAUGGUGAAGACGACGGCUUCGACGCCCCUGGUGGUCAACACCACGAAGAUGACGAAGACGACUUUGAAAAUUUCGACCUUGAUGACGAGGACGGCUUCGUGGACAGCGACGCCGACGUUCCUGUUGACAUGGAUAUGGAUGCAGGUGCAGAUGGUGACGGCGAGAAGAAGGAUAAGGAUGGCCGGAAGAGCAAGAAGAGGAAGCUCAAGAACUUGCCCACUUUUGCCUCUGUGGAAGACUACGCGAAACUUAUCGGCGACGACGACAGCGAGUAGCUUCGUUUUUCUCAGUAGCAGAACUUUAUCAAAAAGGAACAUUGGUGACAACAGGCGUUACUCACUUUGUUCAGUUGGGGUGGGAGCUUUUUCUUGUAGAUAUCCCAUACUUUUGUAAUGGAAAAUUUCAGGCUUCUACCUUUCUGA